AUGGACGAAUUUGCCCAAACGCGUGGCGUCGACGACCUCUUCGACGACGAAAUCAUCCCCCUUCCCCCUCAAGAGGUCGUGAUCGAAUACCCCCCAGAACCUGUACCGGAACCCGCAGCACACGAACCUACCCUUCAACGACCGACUUCGUCCGGCCCACGACCACCCUCGCAACCACGUGCAUCCCAUUCACCGGGAAAACAACAGCAACAACAGCAACAGCAACAACAACAAGAACAAUCGAGCCACGAGUCGCCGGCCCCGCCUGAAGCGCAGCAUAAUACUGGUGCCGCCGGGUAUAGGGAUGGAAAUCAUAACAGAGGUCGUGGGAACGGGCGCGGAUAUAGUGGGGAGAGGGGGAGAGGACGAGGCAGAGGAGGAGGAGGAGCUAAUGGUGGUGGGCGUGGUGGGCGUGGUGGGAGGCGGGUGAGGUCCCAAGGUGUGGAGGCGAGCCGUGAUGCGCCGACUCCUCCACCCGCGGCGGGUGGUGCAGAGGGGGAGGAACAGGUGGGGGAUGCUAAAGAGGGGGGAGGGGAUGUGGAUGGGAAAGAAAGGGAGGAAAUUCGGGAUGGGGAGAAUGGUGGGGAUGAGAAAACCAAAGAACAGAGCACGCCCGCGCGGGCGCCUUCACCUGCGCCUAGGACCUUUGCGGUUAAGGGAGAUAGAAGUGGAACGGGUGGCGUGAAGAAGCCCAAACUCACCGAAGAUGAACUCACGGAACGCAUGAAAGCCGCCAAACUCAAAGCAGCAGAACGGGCGGCCGCCCACGCUCGUGCUGAAGCCGACGAAGCCUCGUUCCUCGAACGAGAACGCAUCGCCGCCGAAAAGCGCCGUGAAGAAAUGCAGAACCGCCGCGUGAUGAACGGCGAGCGGGAGAGGAAUCGGCAACGAAAGCUUGACGCCCAGACCAGGCGCGAGUGGGAUAUUGAGAAGUCUGCGGAGGCAUUCGCGCCGACGGCCGGGAGGGGUCGGGGCGGGGCUGCAAGUUCUUAUCGACGCGGUGCGCAUGGUGGCGUGUUGUAUGAUGGGGCCACCACUGCUGGUGCGGGGGAUGGUAUGCGUGGUCAAACGGAAGAACCGUUCACGGAUCCUGACGACGAUGGAUAUUUCCGCGGGAGGGGAAGCGGGCGCGGAAACCCGCGUCGCGGCCGGGGCGGCAGGGGUCGUGGUCGUGGGGAUUAUGCUGGCAGACAGAUGUAUGGGGGCUCAUCUGGGCCUGAUGUCAGGAAGUGGGUGGAAGGCGUGUCGCCUCAUCAUCCCCCGCCUGAGCCUCCACGUGUCAGCGCGGAAGAGGAUUUCCCCGCGCUACCAAGUGUGUCUGGAGGAGGUGGAAAUGGGAAUAGAAAUGGGAACGGUAAGGAUGAUGUUACUACACCACUGUCGCCGCAGGGGACGUGGGCGGAGCAGGUGGAGAUGACUCAGGAAGAGCGGAAGACGCAACAACAGUCUUUACAUGGGGCACUGUCAUCGAUGAGCUUAAAGGAAAAAGAGAAGGUUGGUUCGUGA